AUGCCCAAGGUCAACGCAAAGAGGCGCCCCGGCGCAUCCUCGUCGUCUUCACCUUACUCCAAACCCUCCGCAGCCUCGAACGCAAUCUUCAAAAUGAACACGGACAUCGGUCAACACGUUCUCAAGAAUCCCGGUGUUGCUCAAGCAAUUGUUGACAAAGCCAAUCUCAAGCAGUCCGACAUUGUGUUGGAAGUCGGCCCCGGUAGCGGGAACCUCACGGUGAAAAUCUUGGAAAAGGCCAAAAAAUGCAUAGCCGUGGAACUCGAUCCGCGCAUGGCUGCCGAAGUCACAAAGCGAGUCCAAGGUACACCUCAGCAGAAGAGGCUAGACGUGCUGUUGGGAGACGUGAUCAAGACAGAACUACCCUACUUUGAUGUUUGCAUUUCGAACACACCUUACCAGAUUUCCUCGCCUCUGGUCUUUAAACUGCUUGCCACAGCCCCGGCACCCAGAGUGUGCAUAUUGAUGUUCCAACGCGAAUUCGCCAUGCGUCUCUUCGCUAAGCCAGGCGACAAGUUAUACUCCCGACUCAGUGUCAACGCGCAAAUGUGGGCCAAAAUAGACCAUAUCAUGAAAGUCGGCAAGAACAACUUCAAACCGCCUCCGCAGGUCGAAUCCAGCGUCGUGAGAUUGGUGCCCAAAGUACCGAGACCGAACAUCAGUUAUGAGGAGUGGGAUGGACUGUUGAGGGUGUGUUUCGUGCGGAAGAACAAGACACUCAGGGCAAAUUUUUUGGGCACGAGCAGCAUUUUGAACAUGUUGGAACAGAACUACCGCACCUGGUGUGCACAAAACGAUAUUCCACUUGACGAAGGCCCGGCUGACGAGGUGAUGCCGAUGGAAGUCGAGAACCUACGAGACGGCCCGGUUGACGGCGAAGGUGAAGAGGAAUGGUCCGGCUUCAUGGACGUCGACGACGACCAAGAUGAAGACGACGACAACAACCUCCCCAGCCUGCUGAAAGAACAAUCCAAUAACAAACAUCGACCAACCCCCGCCGAGCGCUCCAUCUCCCGCAAAAAGCGUGACAAGGUCUUCCACCUGGUCCGCGAAAAAGUCCGCUCCGUCCUGGAAGACAAGACGUCCCUGGCGGACAAGCGGGCACGGAUGUGCGACGAGGCCGACUUUUUGAAAUUACUGUACAAUUUCAAUCUCGAGGGGAUUCAUUUCUUGGGCAUCAAGCAUGGCGAGUAA